AUGUCUUCCAAAGUUAUUUUAUUAAUCUUAUUAAAUUUAUUAAUUGUUGAAGGAGAACAAUGUCGAUGUUUAUGUUGCGAUCCUGAACCUUGUCUAGUUAAACCUCUUGAAAAUCAAUUUUAUGUUGAUAAAUGUUGGGUUAAUGGACAAUUCGAAUGUAUAAACAUUUGUCGCAACCGAUAUCCCGAUAAAUGUGGUCUUAGUUCAUCUGUGCUUGUACCUAUUUGUCGAGCUUCGUCGAUUAAUUCAUUUUAUGUAUUUUUGAUUUCAUUCAUUUAUUUUAUUCAUCAAUUCGUUUUUUAUUGA